CCCCCUUUGUUCCAGUUCACCAAUGACGACGCGUCGUUUACAACCAUAUGUGACCAAAACCACGCGUAGAACGUAGUCAAAAACGGUCUGAACCAUGGUUAAUACAAGUCUAGUUGCUCUGAUCCCAACAUCCGGGAAUCCGGGGCGGGGAUCUCCGCGGAUGAUUGUCGAAGCAGGGCACCAUCAAAAUAGAUCAAAACCCCGCACUGAGGAAUUUUCCGGGCCGGUGCUUCUCUGUUUUACAGAUGACUUAAAUCGCAGUGCCCCGGACCGGGCCAUACAUCUCCCUCUUGCUCUUGACCAUGUCUGACAACCCAUCCUUCGUCCUCAAAGCGGUCGAGCAAACCGUCUAUGAACAGCGGCCGAUCCCCGAAAUCUCGGAUGAUCAGGUGCUCGUGAAGGUGAAGAAAACAGGAAUCUGUGGAUCCGAUGUGCAUUAUCUCGUGCAUGGACGAAUCGGUGACUUUGUCGUCAACAACCCCAUGAUUUUGGGCCACGAAUCUUCUGGAAUCGUGGAGAAAGUCGGCUCCAAGGUCAAGGACCUCAAAGCGGGCGACCGGGUCGCUGUUGAGCCAGGCGCCACUUGUCGCCAGUGCGAGGCUUGCAAGUCUGGUCGCUACAAUCUCUGCCCUGAUGUUGUUUUCGCCGCUACUCCACCCUAUGAUGGAACAUUGACGAGAUACUAUCGUAUUCCGUCCGAUCUGGCUUACCCUCUCCCUGAGGGUGUUUCUCUCGAAGAUGGUGCUAUGAUGGAGCCCCUGGCCGUGGGUGUGCACGCGGUUUCGACCUUAGGUGGAUUCAAAGCUGGUCAAGCUGUUGCAGUCUUUGGAUGUGGACCUGUUGGUCUCCUUUGCAUGGCUGUCGCCAAGGCCCUCGGUGCAAAGCGAGUCAUCGCCGUCGAUAUCGUGCCUGCGCGCCUGGAAUUUGCUACGAAAUACGCUGCGACCGAGAGCUACAUUCCGAUUUCGCCAAAUGAGGGAGAGAGCAAGAUGGACUUUAGCAAGCGUAAUGCUGAUGCCAUGAAGGAGAAAUUGAACAUCCAAGAUCGUGGUGCACAAGCCAUCGAUCUUGUCAUCGAUGCCAGCGGUGCUGAAGUUUCCAUCCAAACCGCGUUGUACAUUGCCAAGACCGGUGGAACUUACGUCCAGGUCGGCAUGGGCAAUCCUAAUGUCACCAUGAAUCUUUCGAUGAUUAUGGUUAAAGAACUCGUUUACAAGGGCUCUUUCCGUUACGGGCCUGGAGACUAUCCGUUGGCCAUCUCCCUUGUCGCUCAGAAGAAGGUCGACCUCAAACCCCUGGUCACUCACAGGUUCCAGUUCGAUUCUGCUGCGGAAGCUUUCAAGGCCACGCGCAAUGGGAAAAGUGAGGAUGGAAAGAGUGUCAUCAAGGCCAUCAUCUCUGGUCCCGAUGUGUCUAUCGACGAGAACUAAGCAAUCUAUUGAGCAGUGGAAUAUAUUUUUACAAAUGUACAGUAGUCUAUGCCUUGCAACAGGAGUUGCGUGCCGUCUUUUGGAGAAGCAUCGCGUCAACCAAACAACGGUACACAUCGCGGUCCCGACCUUCAUCUGAGACAAAUCAAACGCGCCCCAUGCCCUUCCGCACGCGCAAUCCCUACUAUCUCCGCAUCUCUGAGAGAAACGUUCUGCCCCUGUACCUCUAUCUUGAUGAGCGCCACGCCAACUGGAUGACUGACACUCUCUUGCAACGCGUUUUGGCGGACUUGCAGCCCAAGAUACUGCCGAAGCUCAGAGCUGAGGCCGAUUCUCUUAAUGCCAGCUCUGCAUCGAACAAGAAAGCCACUGUCGACACUCACAGAGGAGACUCCUACGAAUUCUGCUACUUCAUACGGAAGACGGAUCCCCACUCUGUUCUUAUCAAGACCAGGCAGUUCUCCUUGGCACCGGCCCGGAAGCAGAGUCAUGUCCUAUCGCCUCUCCCGCCGUCGCAGUCGAAGAACGCUAAGCGAAAGGCUUCUAUGGACAAGACUUCGAGUAAGCGUCGCAAGACUAAAGGCAAAGGCAAGGCGAAGGACAUCGAUGAAGUAGAGGCGGUCUCCAGCGAUAUCGACGAGGAGUCAAUCAGCGAGGUUCCGGAGACGCUGAGACGAUCUCAACGCAGUAAGAAAGUCGCUGCUGGUGACUAUCGCGACAACAAUAGGAUCGAGGGGAAUUCAGAUGUUGACAUGGAUGACCUAGAGAAUCUACACGAUUCUCGAAUUCCAAUCAAAAGGGAAGGGUCCGUAUCAGAACCCCCCUCAACGUUGGCUGGGACAGCGGCUACUCCCAUCUCUCUGGACUUGGAUGAGGAAGAAGAAAAACCUAAGCCCGUUUUGUCUGUCAAGUUCCAAGACUUUGCGAUCUACGGACACUGUCUCUGCAUCGUUGUGCAGCCAUACCCCCCUUUCCGAGCCAUGUCCGCAUCAUCUAGGGCCUCAUCGCUUGCCCCGAUUUUUUCAGCACCGAAUACGUCGGGCCUUGCUCAAGCACGUACUGCUGCGGCAAUACGUGCAAGAACGCCAUUGUUUCUUCCCGACGACGACCGUAGCACUCCUGCGCCGUUUCCGAUCCCAGCACUGGAUGACACAGGGUCAUCGGACCUCGAUGAGGAUGAGGAUGUGGACAUGGAAGUCGAUGAUGGGGGAAUGCUGGCAUUUAGCCAGACAAUGAAUACUUAUAACCAUGUGCGUGUUGGGGCUGCUGCCGACGAUGACGACGACAUCGAUGGCGCAGUAUUCUUUGGAGAUGCAGAUGAAGUACGGGAACUAUGAUUUAGUUCUUUGUCUGUUUUAUCUCCGAAACCUAAUAGAAUGGAACGAAGAAUCGAGCUAGUUCGGUUCAUCCAUGAUACAUACUUAGUCGGUCGUGCCUGCUGUCAUAUGAAUUUUUUUCGGCCAGAAUUUCGAAACGGUUGCCAGUGGCUGUGAUAUCAUAUUCUUCUUCCGACACUGUAUGCUAAUUUCGCGAGCGACACAUCUCGCAUGUCGGUCUUUCCGUGCUUCAUGUUACGGAAAAUGGACGCGAGCUGUCUCCUCCGCCGCGUCCCAUAAACCGGAAAAGAUUCGCAACAUCGCGUUGGUAGCGCACAUCGACUCGGGCAAAACCACGUUGACCGAAUCCAUCUUACUCAAGUCGGAAUAUCUUCCGGCUGCAGGCACCGUCGACUCCGGAAGCACCACCACCGACUUUCUUCCUGCUGAGCGCGAGCGCGGGAUUACGAUACAGUCUGCAAGCAUUCCCGUGCGCUGGAAAGAAUGGGUGUUCAAUCUUAUCGACACCCCUGGUCACGCGGACUUUGGGAUGGAGGUUGAAAGCGCCAGCAGAGUCGUCGACGGUGCUGUCGUGCUUCUGGAUGCAGUCGAAGGCGUCGAAGCGCAGACUCUUGGAGUUUGGAAGCAGCUAGAUAGGUACGGUGUCAAGACGAGGAUGAUAUUCUUGAACAAACUCGACCGCCCAGGCGCGUCGUUUGGCGCGUCCAUAGCGUCUCUGCUUUCCCAUCAGCUCCACCCACAUCCUGUCGCUGUGACAUUGCCCGUCGCUUCAUUCGAUCCCAUUGAUUACACUCGUGCUGAGCCCGGUAUUCAGGGCAUCGUGGACCUGCUCAACUGGGAGCUCUGGCGUUGGGAUGCUCCGGCGUCCGAAUCCGAAACCCCCACUGUGACGCGCCACAAACUGCCCUUGACAUCCGAAGAACUCGCUGAGACACCCUUGUUCCCCGCUGGACAUCCUCUACUCGAACAUCUUGGACCGGCUCGCAUUGCGUUGGUUGACGCGAUUGCAAUGACGUCUGAAGAUAUCAUGGAAUACAUUUGCUCCGUCCCGCCCGGCCUUGACGCCUAUCUGGAACUCAAGAGCAACGUACUCAUGAACAAUCUGCGUGAAGCAACACUGGGCGGAGAUCUACUCCCAGUUGUAUGCGGAAGCGCGAUGAAACACAUUGGAACCGACUUGGUCAUGGACUACAUCGGAGGGUUGUUUGCUAGUCCUCUUGAUGUGCUUCCCGAGAAGGAAACCAAGGUCCCUGUUCCUAGUUCAUCUGCACCCGUUCGACUGCUGGCUUGGAAGGUGACGUGGCACAAGCGCCUUGGCUGGAUGACUUUCGUUCGAGUGUAUUCAGGAAAACUCACGCGACGCAUCACCCUUUUGAAUCAGAGCCAAGGCAACGCGAAGGAACGCAUCUCGAAAUUGCUUUUGUUAUACGCGCAGGACAUGGCAGAGGUCGAAGAGCUCGGCUUUGGCUCCGUCGGUGUGAUUCUCGGGAUGAGAGGCGUCAGAACUGGAGAUGUUCUGAGCAACGUCAAGGAUGUCGACGAAGACUUUUCGCUUCAGAUUCGGCCUCCUCCGCCGGUCAUAUCGGCGUCAGUGAUUCCUCGUGCUCAUGCCGACCUUCAACCUGUCCAGGACGCCCUCCUUGCCCUUUCUCGGACUGAUCCCAGUGUUCGAAUCGAGACGAGCGGAAGCGAAGGUCAGAUGCUGGCCCAUGGCUUGGGUGCUCUGCACCUGGAGAUCGUUGAAGGACGGCUGAAAGACGAAUGGGGUGUCAAUUGCGUGUUUGGUGCCAGACGUGUCGGUUAUCGAGAAAGCGUUGGGUCGACCCUCAGAGAUCCAAACGCCAGCAAUGUGUGGAAGUCGGAAGUUGGUGGUGCAACAAUCUCCGUGGAGAUUGUUCUGAAGGUGCGGGCAUUGACAGAAGAAGAAGUGGGGGAUCCUACAUGGGACGGAAAUGUCGUCGUCGAUGCGGACAAUCGACCAUUCGACGCUCCAGCCAUCGGCACAUCUCAGUCACCCACAAUCAAUCUGGCAGCUGGCAUACAGACAGCCUUGUCAAAUUCCCCUUUCGCUGCCCUUCCCCUGGUCAGAACUCACGUGCAAGUCGUGUCCUUUUCCCUCCCGCCGAGUGCGCCGCCGACAGUCCUGCAAGGAGCCGGUGCUGUGCUGCUGCGAGAGCACUUGAAAUCUGCGGGACCUGGUGAUAUCAUGGAGCCUUGGAUCAAUGUGCGGGUGACCGUGACUGGAGAUAGUGUCGGACGGGUCGUCCGUGAUCUAGGAGAAAGAGGCGGCAGGGUUGUAAGUCUCGGUGGUACGAAGGAAGGGGACGAGCUGGACGAGGGCUACUCGACUGAGGGAGUGUAUGUUCCUCCACUCUCCCUCUCACCUUCAACGAAUGGUGGAAAUGUAGGCCGUGGACCAGCUGCAAGGCAGACUAUUGUUGCCCAGGCCCCACUCAGCCAGAUGCUAGACUAUGCCCUCAAGCUCCGAGCAUUGACUGGCGGUCAUGGGCAAUUCGAACAGUCCACCGCCGGGUACUAUGCCGUUUCCGCAGACAGAAAGCAGGAAGUCUUGCGGGAACUGGGUAGAGCGUAG